CAGCCGCAGUAGAUCUGUUUUCAAACAGACAGGGACUUUAGCGCCGGUAGAAAGUAACAGACAGCAACGUUGGCUGUAUUUGUCAGGUUUGUCUUCAACAAAUAGCUCCUUCCAAUGGAUUUGGACGGUGGAAACUACGAGCCAGGGUUUGUUGGGAUACGAUUUUGUCAAGAAUGUAAUAACAUGUUAUACCCUAAAGAAGACAAGGAGAAUCGCAUCCUGCUGUAUGCGUGCAGGAACUGUGACUACCAACAAGAAGCAGACAACAGCUGCAUCUAUGUCAACAAGAUCACCCACGAGGUUGAUGAACUGACACAAAUCAUCGCCGAUGUGUCUCAGGAUCCAACACUGCCAAGAACAGAGGACCACCCCUGUCCCAAAUGUGGUCACAAGGAGGCAGUGUUCUUCCAGUCUCACAGCAUGAAGGCUGAGGAUGCUAUGCGACUGUACUACGUGUGCACGGCUCCCCACUGUGGACACCGGUGGACAGAGUAGAAGCUGGUGAUGAUAAAGAAGAGGUCCAGCAUUUGCAUCUACAGUGUUGCUGUUCACAAAAAAUAUUGCUAGCUGCAGCUCAACUAGAGUCAUGGAAGUAAGAAUCCCAUACAAACACACAGAGAACUGUGAGUAGAGUGACAGCAGCACUGCCGACCCAUUUAUCAUCUUUGUAUGGUGGCUCGUACCUGUCAUUAUUUGUGAAUAUGGUUUUUUUGUUUGUUUUUUUUAGAAAUUUUCAUUUUCAAAUGUGUAUUGUUAGAUUAAAGGAAUCAAGUUUUUUGUAACA